UACUCACUUUGUGUUUGAUUUGGAUUUCUAUCUAUACUAAAACUGUAUAAAGCUCUACCUAAUUUAACAUCACAGCACUUAUGUAAAAACCUCAAAUGUGUCAUAUUCGAUAAAUUGAUUCCGUUACAAUUUCCAUAUCUGUACCAAAAAUAUAUUUUGUACAGCGGCCUCGUGGUGGUCAUGUUACAGCGGUGGAAGGUUAGCCUCAUGGCCCAUCGGAGACUGAUCGCUGAUGUCCGAUUGCGAGAGGAACCUCGCGUCUCGUUGUCUGUUCGGCAGGGCGACAAACGCCUCUUGACAUCUAGUUAUCAUUCAUCGAGGCAUUUCUAGGUUUUGCCAUUUUAACUCUUACCUCUCUCUCAGAAUAUCGUUUUUCCGAACUCCAAACGGUUCACCACUGAAUGAAGAAAUGUUUUUGGAUAUAUCAGCAAAAUGGAAGAAGUUGACAAAAUAAUAAUUCACUCUUUGAAGGACAUCGGCUGUAACAUUAGUGAUGAACAUAACAGCCUUGAUUCAUUUUCUCCAAGCCUGAUUGUUGAAGCUGCUGUUACAUGUUUGGAAACAAUUUCACCUGGUAUAGACAUACCAAGAGUUUUACCUCAGAAUAUGGCUGCAAAAUUCCAAGUUGGGGCUACCAUCGCUUCAGCUUGCAAGGAUUUGGGAUACACUGGGGAUAUCGGAUACCAAACUUUCAUGUAUUCAGAUGUUAUUGAUGUUAGAAGAGUUUUUAUGUUUUUGGUUGAAAGGUUGCCGAGGGAAACUGAGAAAAUUAUAGAUGAACCUGCUGAUCCUUUGUCAAAGCUGAUGGCAGAUGUAAGUCGAGUGAUUAGAACUAGUCUGUCCAGAAGACUAGAAAUAGAAAACGUGAAGAGCAUUCCAUUUAUAUCGGUACCACUAGAAAUAGGUAUGUGUGUUCCAAGAUUAAGCAAGAACUCAUCUCCACAAGUGCAAAGGAACCAGAUGCCUUUUUUAACUAACCAAACUACAAUCCAUCAUACACUUCCUUCUAUUGUUAUUUUAAAUUCUAAAGGAAUUUUAGAACAUACAGAAGUUAAAAGAUCUACGAGUAACUCGUGUUCUGUAACUCCAAAACCAAGGACUUAUAAAAGUCAAAACACGUGGUUGAAUAUCCAAGAAAAUAUCAUUUUUAGCAACAAGAGGAAAAUAAUUCCACUCCCAGCACCCAGAAACAUACCCAAAUCUUUUGAAGAGAAAGAAGAGAUCAAGGAUAUCGAAUUGAAAGAGGAAGAAGAGAAAAACGAAAUUGAAAAUCUUAAAACAAAAAUUGAUGACCUUAAAACUACAGUGAAAAUGAUAAAUCUGUCUGUUAAGAAUGUAUCAAAAGACUGCAAUGAGACUGAAGUCAGGUUAAAAGAAGUUGCAAAAGAAUAUGAAGCUCAUAGGAUGGCUAUUGAACUACUACCCAAAUAUGAGGAUAAUUUAAAAAAACUUGAAGAAAUAAAUGGAAUCGCAAAACAAAGACUAGUCACUCUUGCAACACAGUGGGAUGGGCACAGAAAACCCCUCGUUCAAAAAUACAUGGAGUUAAAAAUGAAAAGUGUGUGCAGGGCUACAGAAAAUGAUAGGGAAAUUGAGGCUAUUAAAGACCUUAAGCAUAAACUAGAUUCUCUCAGCCAUCAAAUUGCUGUAAAACAGACAAUAAGAGCCAAACUUUUAGAAGAAUAUGAGCAAUUACCUAAAAAUAUCAAAAGAUCGGCAUACACAAGGAGAAUACUGGAAAUUAUUGGUAACAUAAAAAAGCAAAAUGAUGAAAUUGAUAAAAUUUUGAGAGACACCAAAGCAAUUCAGAAGGAGACCAAUAUUUUAACAGAACGACUGGAUCGACUGUUUACAGUUGUUGAUGAAUCAAUUUUUAGAUCUGCCAAAGAUUCAAAAGAUGAAAUUUCCAAAAAGGCCUACAAACAUUUGGCCACACUACAAACAGAUUGUGCUGAUAUUGUGAAAAUGGUUAAAGAGACCGGAGUCAUUGUUAGAGAAAUAAGAGAUUUAGAGGAACAAAUUGACCUGGAAUCAAGCAAGAAUGUUGUAUCAAAUCUUCAAAGAAUAUCUUCAGAUUUGUUGCAAAUGAAAUCAGAGAAUAAAACUUUAUUAAACCAAUUGAAAGAGUGAUAUUAUUGGCUUGUGAAAGAGUAUUGAGAGUAAUACGUUUAUAUUUAUACUGAAAACGUUUGCUCAUUAUAAUUAUAAUAAUUAUUAUUUUUAAUAAACACAAUAAACAUGUA